AUGGCCGGAGCAAAACCCCCCAAGGAACACCGCAGCAAGUUCAAUGUACUGAUCAUUCUAUUCGCCACUCUAGGCAGUCUAACGUACGGAUACUGCACAUGUAUCAUCGCCACCACGCUUGGUCAACCUAGCUUCCAGGUGUACAUGCGCCUCGACACACUCUCCAAUGCGGUCCAACUCAUCGGCGCUAUCCAGGGCUUGUACCAGGCAGGAGGACUUCUCGGGACAGCGUAUGUAGGGCUCACCGGCGACAAAUUGGGUCGCAGGUGGGCCAUCUUCUUUGCCUCGUCCGUCUGUGUGGUGGGCGGAGUUCUACAGACCGCUUCCGUUCACGUCGGCAUGUUCAUGGCAGCUAGGUUCAUCACCGGCCUGGGAAUCGGUGCUCUGGUCACUCUCAUUCCACUUUGGCAGACUGAAGUUGCCCCUCCACGAACACGAGGUUUUCUUGUUGGUCUUCACGGUGUGUUCAUUCUCUUGGGAUAUAGCUUGGCGAGUUGGGUCGGAGUUGGAUUCUUCUAUGUCAAUGCAAAGGGUGCGCAAUGGCGCAUCCCGUUGGCGUUCCAGAUCAUAUUCCCCCUCUUGCUUGCAUCGGGCAUUUUAUUCCUGCCCGAGUCCCCCAGAUGGCUCAUGGAGCGCGACCGGAAAGAUGAGAGCCUCAAGGUUCUUCACAAGAUCCACACCGAUCUGAGUGACCCUGAAGGUCACUUUGCGCAUAGGGAGUACAGACAAAUUGCGCAGCAAAUCGAGCUGGAAAAGACGCUGCCUUCAUCCUGGGCCUCUAUCUUCGCCAUCCCCUCCUAUCGCAAGCGAUGCCUGAUCGGCUUCUCCUGUAUGUUCUUUGCUCAAUGCACGGGCACACAGGUCAUCAACAAUUAUGGACCUACGCUGUAUUCCAGAUUAGGUUUCAACGCGGCCAAUUCGUUGAUCAUCCAAGCCGGAUGGAUCACCUGCGGCAUAUUCGCCAAUGCCAUCAAUGCCCUCCUCCUCGACAUUUUCGGCCGCAAGUGGUUGAUGACGGCUGGGAUGGUUGGGUGCAGCAUCGCUCUUCUGGGAGAGAUCAUCAUGUUGGCCGUCUUCGAAAACUCAAACAAUCGCGCGGGUAACAGCGCGGCUGUGUUUUUUCUGUUUCUCCACAUCGGAUGGUACGGAUCGUGCCUCGACGCGUCGACCUACGUGUAUGCCAGCGAGAUCUGGCCGACGCAUCUGCGCGCUCGGGGCUGUGCCCUUUCUACCAGCGGUCUCUUUGUCGCGUCGCUCAUCUUACUCUGCGCUGCCAGUGACGGCUUUGCCGCCAUCGGCUGGAAGUACUACCUUGUGUUCUUGGUCAUGACUGUGCUCGGUGGUACUAUCUUUGCUGUUUGGUUCCCCGAGACGAGACAUAAACCCUUGGAAGAAAUUGCGGCCGCAUUCGGUGAUGAGGUAGUGGACUUCCACCUAGACGGAGAGAAUCCUUUGGGAACCGACAAGAUUGCCGGUAGUGGCCAUGAGGUCAAUCUGGCUGACUCGAAGGACACAAGAGAGAGAAAGCGUGGCUCGAGAUAGUCUCGGUGUCUGGGUGACUCUAAAGAGAUGAAUGCUUCUAUGGGCGUUAUUUUAUACACAAGGUGAGUCGCGAGUAGGCAUCGUCUUUAAAAGCGGCGCCGUCUUCGUCCAUUAUUGCUUGUUGCUGCCAAGGUCCGGCAGAUCUCCGGAAAAGAAGCUACAGG